AUGAAACACUCGACAUCUUGUGUUACCAUCGAGCUUUUACGUUUAAUGAUAAUUCUCACCUCGCUAAGAACACGCAGAAAAAAGGAGAAAAAAAAAUGUUUUAUGAGGUUUAUCUUUAGUAUUUCGUGCUUGAAUGCAGAGGUGUUAAAUUUAUUUCAGCAUUUUAUUAGCAUGAUUAUUUUGCAAAGGCAUUCUCCAUUCACCUCCAUUAAGCAGAAGGAGAAAAAAAAUAUUGGUUUAAAGAGAAACUUCUCGGAAACUUCAACUUUAAAAACCAAAAACUUUCAUCAUUUUUGUUCAUUAAAACGAAUUUCAGUUAAUUUCCCUUGUGAAUCCACUCAAACAUUGUAUGAAAAAAAAAGUUUUGGGAAGGAAGAAAUUUAUGUUGAGACAGGAAAAACUUUAAUGGAAAAUUCACCCACAAAUUGA